AGUUAUCUUCAGACGCUCGGCGGAGGCGGUCGUGUGCCGUGUAGUCGGCGGAUGUCGCGUAUCAAACUUUUCCGGGAGAUCGGCGUAUUUCAUACAUUUUCGAAGUCGGCCGACUGCGGCUAAUCACUUUUUUGCGUGUGUUUAAAUGCAAUUCGAAACAGUAUUUUCCAUGUGUAUUCUGAUAAAAUACUUUUUGGACUGUAACUAUUUUUUACUUUAAUGAAAAACGUUGUCGUAAUCCGGUAAUAUAAAUUAUUUUUUGUCGCUGUUUUGUAUUAUUUUUCUUUGGAUUACAUAGUUGUACGGUUAAAAAAUGAAUUGAAAAAAGGAAAACAAAAUAUUUUGGCGCCCAACGUGUAACUCAGUUUAUUUUCAGAUGGUACAAAUGUUGACAUUUGUUGUAAUUUCUUUAGGAAUGUAAUAUAUAUUAGUGAAUAUAAAUAUGCACUUUCUUAGUCGUAUUAAUUUAAUAAAAAGCGGAAAUUUGCUAUUAGCGAUAAUAGUUUUGGAUUGGCUGUUCGCCGGAAGUACAGAUGCUACGAUACAUGAACCAGGCUUCACAGGUCCGAUAGCCAAUGUGACAGCGCCGUUGGGCCGAGAGGCAGUCCUCGCGUGUACUGUCCACAAUCUGUCAACAUUUAAGGUGGCAUGGUUAAGAGUGGACACGCAGACCAUUCUUACGAUCCAUAACCACGUGAUAUCUCGGAGUCGGAGGGUGGGGGUAACCCACAGUGACCAGAGGGUCUGGUUCCUCCACAUCAGGGAACUGAGGGAGACAGACAGAGGGUGGUACAUGUGUCAGAUCAACACCGACCCUAUGAAGAGUCAGCUGGGUUAUUUGGACGUUGUUGUGCCGCCUGAUAUUCUGGAUCGUGGUACGAGCACGGACCAGACCGUGCGAGAGGGCGCGUCUGUCAGUCUGACGUGUGCAGCCAGCGGCUCGCCCUCGCCGCAGAUCGUAUGGAGGAGAGAGCAUUCCAAGCCUAUUACUAUAGCUGAUGGUAUACAAGUGUCAUCACUGGAAGGCCAUGUGCUAAAUAUAAGUAGGGUCAGCAGACAACAUGCUGGGGCGUAUCUCUGCAUAGCUUCCAACGGGGUGCCUCCGACUGUGAGCAAGAGGAUUAUGCUGACGGUGCAAUUUCCACCAGUGAUCACGAUAAGAAACCAGCUGGUGGGCGCUGCACUUGGCACGGACCUAGUCCUUGAGUGUGAGACGGAGGCCUACCCCAAGCCUGUUAGUUACUGGAGCAGGGAGAACGGGGAAAUCGUUCCUGUGGGCGGGGGACUGGAGCCUCAGAAAGUUGAAGGGUCGUAUCGAUCAGUACUGCGGCUGGCGAUACGAAGAAUAACCACCUCGGACUACGGUGCAUACAAAUGCGUUUCCAAGAAUUCACUAGGGGACACCGAAGGCACCAUUAAGUUAUACCCCAUGCCUCCUGCGGCGCUAGAAAACAAGAAUGUUGUACAGCGGCUGAACAUUAUGGCUGACAAAGCAUCGGAAAGCACCCCUUUUGGGACCCAGGACUUCAGGCUACAAGAUUUCAACACAGCUGUUUCCAGGAAUCGACUGUCCUCCAGUUUUUUACUCACAUUAGUUAUUUUAGUUGAAACGGCAAUAUCUUAGGGCUGAUAACGAAAUAAUUAAUUUUAUAUAAAAAGAACAGCUUCCCUAAAGUCAACUAAAUGAAAGCGUUUUUGCGUCUUGAAAGGACAUAUUGAUUCUAUUUACUAAAGACAAGACUAUAUCAAUAUUUUCUAAUGAUAUAAAGAUCAAAGGAAAUGAUAUAUUAAAAAAAAUUACUUUAUCUGCAGAAAAAUUCAAUAUCAUAGUGAUUAAAAUAGUAAAAUGUUAUGAAAUUUUAAUUAUUCCACGAAAGUAGUUAAACAUUGCUUUUGUUAAAAUGAAAUAUAGAGGUAUAAAAUGUAUAUAUAAUUAUGAUCAAAAAUAAAUAAUAGUCUUCAAUAUCCAUUUUCCUUUUAGGGCAGUACCUAUAUAAAUAAUUGUAAAUACUCACUUUAGUAUUAAAGUAAGAAAUACGUUGUAGUAAAGAUUAAGUACGAACCUGAAUGCCACCUUUCUUCUAUGUCUUUUUCCUUUCAUUCAUUCUGUGUAUGGUAUAUUUUUCAUUGAAUAUUUAGGAUAAAAUACAUAAUAUGCUUUCCAUGCGUUUGCGAAUGUCAUUUACAGACACGUAGAUGAAAAUAAUGUAUAAAUGAAUACGACGGUACUGAAAUGUAAAAAAAAAUAUAUAGAUUUUAAAUAUCGAUUAAAAUUUAAUGACUUAAAUUUACAGUAACGAAAUGUAGAUUUAUUAGCGACAUAUCAAUAUAAAAUUAUUUGAAGGUCGUACAGAAUAGCAGUGAAUAUGACAUAUCUGUACAUUAAAAAUCCGACAGUAAUGUAUUAUAGGUAAAUAAAAUAAUAAUACAAAGCGAGAGAUAGAAAGUAUUAAAUAUAGACUGAGUUUCAUAAUUAGGCUUGUAAAUAUAAUAUUUAUUAAAUGUACCGCCAUUGUUUUUUGGUUAAGAAGAAAACAUUAUGUUAUGAAAAAUGUAAAAGUGCUGUAGGCAGUCAAUUACAGGCCGCAUGACGAGGGAACCUGAUUAACGGCUUACAUUUGCUUCUGUAUUUAUAAAAAAUGUAUAUUGAACGAAAGCAGCGCAGUUCACAAAGAAAAUAGCUAAUAAAAAUUAUUAAUAAGUAGAUCAAGAGUUUCUUAACCUUUUUUUGUCCCUUACCUAAUUUAUUGUGUACGUUGUGAAUACCUUUUUUGAUCGCAUUUGUGUUUCGCAAAGAAAUUCGUUAUUUAUAAGUAUUUAAAGGGGCUACUUCAGUCUGUGACAAGUUUGCGGAAGAUUGGUCAAACUAAUUCAACUUUGACCGGCUGUCCGAACUCUCAAUAAAAGCCGAAGUGAAUCCUAACAUUCGAUUGACUAAAGUUUAAUAAGUUUGAUCAGAGGUAGAGGUGGAUUUGUCUCUGGCAAAAAUGCGUAUGUCAGGUUUACACCUGGGAGCAAACCUACCUUUAAACUAGAGGUAGAGAUGUCGUUGACUGAGAAAAUUAUGGACAAUGAAUGAGAAUAGAAAUCAAAUACUGCGCGGUCCACCCUGCCUUGUAAAAGUAGCUAUAAGGUUAUUAGAACUCUGUCCUAUUUCUUCUCGUGUAUUUCUAAUAUUUUUUCCUCUUUCUUCUAUCAGUGAAAUCUAAGAUAUAAGGAUGUCUAUAGUUUUCUCUAUCAACGUGAGGUAUAUAUUUUAGAAAUCACGUUCCUAUUCUGUCCCAACUAGUGUCAAACGUUCUGUAACAUUGCAUGUCGUAUGCGGACCACUACUGCUUUUUGAUGGAAAUAAAUUGGUUUAUUUUA